CACGUACAACAGCGACAUAGAAUAUGUAAGUGAAUAGUUUUAUUACCAAUACCAAUUUAUUACCAAUAUUACCUUGCAAACCGCCUGUGUCAAAUAUCAACGUUUCUAUGGCGAGUUACCUUGCAGCAGUAGAGUGGGUGUCGCCUGUGAAUACUUUGAAUGAGGACCGCCGAAGGAAUCAGACAAAGAUGAUUGGAGGAAUUACCAAACGGAAAUGACGUCGAUUAACAGUUUCCGGAGUAGUUCCUGUUUUGAGUGUGACGUUUCUAGUAAUGAGUUUGAUGUCAAAUUAUUGCUCUAAUAGUGGCGUGGCCUUACAUAUUUACUGGCGAUAGCAAUAUUUGUCCAUUUGUAAGUGACUGUUUAGGGACUUGACGCGGGUCGGUAUGGAUAACCGUUGUUAUUGUUGUACAUCCAAGUUCGGCGUCUUUAAAAAGGAGCUGGGUUGUAAAAGCUGUGGGCGCUCUUUCUGCGCCAACUGUUUGACUUUGAAUGCUGUGGUGCCACGUUGUGGCAACACCCAGCAGAAGGUCUGCAAGCAAUGCCAUGAUAAUCUUACGAGUGGGAUACCUUCAAGUGAUGCAGGGAGAUGGUCACCUCCUGAAAACUACAAAAAACGGGUUGCUGCAUAUGAAGCCAAACAGCAAGGGCAGAAGACACAUCCACAUGGAUCCAGUAGAUAUGCUCUCACAGGUCUCCCCCCACCGAAAGGCUUGAGUAAGGAAGAUGAGGCAAUUGCCGAAAGGCUUCAAAAGCUGAAAGAGGACACUCCACCAAAAUCUGUCCCAUCUGACAAAGAGCUUGAGGCUCGCCUUGCUGCCCUUCAAGCUCCCAGCAAGCCAGUGCCUUCUUCACAGGAAAUGGAGGAUCGGCUAGCAGCUUUAAGGGGCCAACCUCUUCCUUCACAAGCUCCUCCACCUGUCCACCGGCCUCCAGAUAACAGGACUCAGACUGAACAAGUGAAUGACCUUCUCACUCAGAUGACAGAGGAAGUUGUCAUUGAUAAUCAGCAUUCAGAUGCUGGAUGCAGUGAAGACGACCGAAUGAAUGAUCUCAACAAAGGAGAGGAGUGGACAGUAGAUGACAAUCUGGAGCAGAACCAGGAUUCAGGGAGGCAGCUUGAGACUGAGGCAGCCCGUGUUCUUGAGGAGGCUAGAGAGGAGCUGAAGAAGGAUCAUCAUUCUGAUGAGCAGAUUCUCUCCAUGGCCAGGAGGCUUGCACAGUUGAAAGGACACGACCCAGACAAAGUUAAGAUGGAGGACUUGAAACGGGCCGACAGUGAUGAGGAGACAGAGGAUGAAGCCAUAAUGAGGGUGUUAAAGCAGCUCUCAGAAGAAGCUGCGCUGGAUGAAGCCAGUGGCUACAACAUACCACCAGAACACAGUGGACCUCGCAACAUAGAAAAGAAAAAAUCAUCUCAGAAAUCUACUCAAGCCCUGGCAGCUAAGACUAGGAUUUCAUCGACAGCUAUAAACACGGUGCAUCAGCCAUCUGACAGUGACGAUGAUGAACUUCCGUGGUGCUGCAUCUGUAAUCACGACGCCGCUCUACGUUGUCACACCUGCGAUGGAGACUUAUACUGCAACCGCUGCUUCAGGGAAGGACAUGAUAAAUAUGACAGGAAAGAACAUCGCACCUCCAAUUACACUGCACCAAAGAAGAAAAGGAAGUCCUGAUAGUGGCACUGAUGGCCUUACCAGUUCGGGUGAACUUGUGCUUUCCCAUGAAUUAAUGGUGAUAGGAAUAUCUCACAAGAUCUCUAAAACAAAUUCAACAGUAGUAAUCCAGUCAUCUGAAAUAUACAUGUACUAUGUAAAUUCAUCUUAAUAAAGUCUUGA